GACACGCGCUGAAUGAACCGACGUCUCCUUCCGCCGUCCAAUGUGCAGAGAGCAGCCUGAUAUCGCUGGGAGGAAAAUGUCGUGUGGGCUGUGGAAAGAGACCUUGGCCCUGGCUGAGGACUACCUGAGCCUGUGCUGCAGCGGCCCACAGGCAGCCCCUCCACCUCCCAGCGGGUCAGCCGCUGCCCUGAGGCGCCUGGGCCAGGACAUGGAGGCCCAACACAAGGCACGCUUCCACUCUUUGAGCCACACCUUCCUCAAGCAGUGUGGGCCGGACCCCUGCUCCAGUUUCCGGAAGGUCAUGGAGGAGCUGGUGGGAGAUGGACACUUAAACUGGGGAAGGGUUGUGUCCCUUUUCACCUUUGCAGGGGUGCUGGCCAGACACAUACAAGAGCAGAAGAGUAGCAGACCAGGGCUGGACCCUGGACAAGUGCAAGGCUUGGGACAGGUGCCCGAAGACUGCAGACGGCUGGCACAAACUAUAGCUGAUUACCUGGGGGAAGAGAAGAGGGACUGGCUGUUGGAAAAUGGAGGUUGGGGGGGUUUCUGUGAGUUCUCCUGCCAUGCCCGGAAGGUGGACCAGGACUCAUCGAUGAAGACCGCUCUGUUUGCUGCUGCUGGGGUGGGUCUAGCUGGGCUAACCUUUCUCUUGGUGCGCUAGCUGCCCACUCUGAAACCACUCAACUAAACACUCUGAUGUUCUCAUUUGAUUUGGCACAAUUGGGUACAAGUUUAAAACCGCAAAGAUGAUGGGAGACACGUUUAUAAUGUUGUAAUUUCAGGGUUGAGAUAUCCUGUCAACUGAAUGUUUGCACAACCUUUGACUCUAAAUGCAUUACAUACGGGCGCAAGUCGCUUUCUCCUAAAGAUUGUAAAAAAGUCAUUGCCUUCAAGUGUAGGAGCAAGUGAUGUGAGGUGCAUAUCGCAGACUGAACUAAAGCACAGGCUGAACUUGGUUUGUCAGUGUGUAAUUUCAGUUGUGCAGCUAAAAGGAACAUUUUGGUUAAUCUUAAGCUUUUAACUUGAUUUCAAAUUUGACAGCUGCCUUUUUUCAUGUGUUUACUCAAUUUGUGUAUGUGCAUUAGAGCCAUCUAAAUGUACUAUGUAUAAAUUAAUAUAUUAUAUUUAUAUCGACUGUAAAGCAGUGGCCCUGAGCUUUUCUUCCAUGUAUGUUAUUUAAAUACAUUCAUGUGUUUUGUUUUCAUCAUUUAAACAGAUGUGGAGCAUUAAUGGCUGCCCAACGGUGCUAUAGCCUAUUAAGUAAGAUGCUACAGAUCAUGAUUCACCAAAACAGGGACCAAUUUGCAUCUGGGGCUACUAUUUAGGGCAGAAACACUGCAGUGACAUUUUCUCCUCAUGACUCUUAUACAGUAGCUAAUAUUUUUACAUUCUUGCUGUAUUUAUUUGUCACCUUUUGUAAUAAAAUCAUUCAAUCUAAAAA